AAACAACAUCUGCAGUAGCUGUUUGAAGUGCAUCGAGAGUUACAUUAGUUUUGAAGUAAAAUGUAGUAAAUCUUACGAAAUUUUGGAACAAGUCUUUGUGCUAUUAUAUGGAAAAGGUGUUUGGGGCUGAACGACGAGCUUAUGGCUCGGCACUUAUGAAAGUAUUAUUUGAAGUUCGACUGACCUAGGGUAUCGUUGGGCGGAUUGCGUACACCGUCUUACUAAAAUGUCUCAAAUUCGUCCCGUGUCCUCGCUAUUGAAGGAAGUAGCUGAACGGGAACUCAACGAAGAUGAAUCUCAGAUCGAGAGUCAUCUGUCAGUAAUUCGAACGUGGCUUGCUGAACGUGGACUACAGUGCGAAAUAGUUGAUGAUCAGUUUUUGAUAGCCUUCCUCCGUGGGUGCAAGUUCAGUUUAGAAAAGGUGAAGAAAAAAAUACUUCUGUUUCAUGAGAUCCGUUACCAGUUACCGCAAGUAAUUCAAAAUCGUGACCCAGAGGAUGAGAAGACCAUCAAAGUUAUACGUAUGGGCGUUGCUGUGCCUCUCCCUAGCACAACAAAGCCCACCGAUCCAAAGCUGUUUAUCAUUCGAGUUGGACAUUUCAACACCGAGCAAUGCAGUUUUGCAGACGUUAUGAAAGUCGGAACUAUGAUCAACGAUAUUCUGAUGCGUGAAGACGACCAGAUGGUAAUUUGCGGCAUGACCCUUGUAAUAGAUCUCAAAGGGGUCUCUGCUGGUCACUUGAUGCAAUUAGAAAUAGAACUUUUACGAAAAAUCGCCAUUCUGAACCAAGAUGCUUCACCGCUUCGAAUGCAGGGAAUUCACAUACUGAACCCACCAACAGGGGCUAAUAUUGCAUUAAAUAUCUUUAACGGGCUUCUUUCGGAAAAAAAUCGCCAUAAAAGAAUUUUUUCUCAUGACAACGGCCUUAAGUCAUUACAUCAGCAUUUUUCGCCUGAACUGCUUCCAAAAGAAUAUGGAGGUAAUCUAGAGUCAAUUGACAAUAUUGUAAAGCAGUGGGAGAAUAAGCUGAAAGAUAAUCGUUUAUAUCUGCUGGAAAUGGCUGCAAUGAGCUCAAAAAAAGUUUCAUCAUCUUCUGGUACAACUGCGAUCAAUUGCUCCAUGGAAGAUUCUUUUGGAACUGACGGAAGCUUUAGGAAGCUUAGUUUUGACUGAAUACAAACAUUUUCCCUAUUCUAACAUUGCAAAUGAAAUACUAGAAACCUGAAAAUAAACUUACA